AGGUAGCAAAUGUCCAACAGCAGCUCCAUCACCCAGUUCCUCCUCCUGCCGUUCACAGACACACGGGAGCUGCAGCUCUUGCACUUCUGGCUCUUCCUGGGCAUCUACCUGGCUGCCCUCCUGGGCAACGGCCUCAUCAUCACCACCAUAGCCUGGGACCAGCACCUCCACACCCCCAUGUACUUCUUCCUGCUCAACCUCGCCCUCCUCGACCUGGGCUCCAUCUCCACCACUGUCCCCAAGUCCAUGGCCAAUUCCCUCUGGGAUUCCAGGGCCAUCUCAUACUUGGGAUGUGCGACACAGCUCUUUUUGUUUCUCUUCUUGAUCACAGCAGAAUUUUAUCUCCUCACAGUCAUGUCGUACGACCGCUACGUUGCCAUCUGCAAACCCCUGCACUACGGGACCCUCCUGGGCAGCAGAGCUUGUGUCCACAUGGCAGCAGCUGCCUGGGCCACUGGGUUUCUCAAUGCUCUGCUGCACACGGCCAAUACAUUUUCACUGCCCCUGUGCAAGGGCAAUGUCCUGGGCCAGUUCUUCUGUGAAAUCCCCCAGAUCCUCAAGCUCUCCUGCUCACACUCCUUCCUCAGGGAACUUGGGCUUCUUGUGGUCAGUGCCUGUUUAGCUUUUAUGUGUUUUGUGUUCAUUGUGGUGUCCUAUGUGCAGAUCUUGAGGGCCGUGCUGAGGAUCCCCUCUGAGCAGGGACGGCACAAAGCCUUUUCCACCUGCCUCCCUCACCUGGCCGUGGUCUCCCUGUUUGUCAGCACUGUCAUGUUUGCCUGCCUGAAGCCCCCCUCUAUAUCCUCCCCAUCAUUGGAUCUGGUGGUGUCUGUUCUGUACUCUGUGGUGCCUCCAACAGUGAACCCCCUCAUCUACAGUAUGAGGAACAAGGAGAUCAAGGAUUCAGUGUGGCAACUAAUGAAUGGCUGUUUUCUGAAGCAAUAA